AUGGCUCUCCUUGGUUUUGCAUCGAAACCAGUUGGUUUGGACCCUCCUGGGUCAUGUGACAGUUAUGUUGGUGGCUCGUUGAUCCAUUUUGAAAACGUGACUCCAGCACUGGAUCUCCGUGCUUGUCCAUCGUGCCAUACUGUCAUGUGCUUUAUUGGCCACAUCUACUGUCCGCUAUCGGACUCGCCUUACCAUCGUGUUCUAUGUCUGUUUGUCUGUUUAAAACGCGACUGUCAAGAAAAAGGCCUCAGCUGGCGUGCUUUACGAUCCCAGCACAUGGAAACGGCUCAGUCAAAGCAGUCCAAACCAGAUAGUCAAUGGUGUUUACCCAGGGAUGAUGAAGAGACAAAGGAAGAUGAUUGGGGCGAUGAGCAAGAGGAGGAGGUCUAUUGUGAGGAACUAACGAAACAACCGGAAUCGAUUGUCUUAAAAGGACCGUUCGUUUGCUGUCACGUUGAUGUGUACGAGGAGGGUUUAGAUACCGGUGGAGAAGAGUCGAUGAACGAGGAUAAGCUGUCCACAGGAUCAGUAGAUUCAUCAAACUUCGCGGCCUGGAGCCGAGCAGAUGCUGUCGAACGGGAAUUCAUCGAAGAGGAUGACAAUGCGAUCCCAAAUGCGUUUUCUGGUGGACUCGAAUUACACUUGGCGACACGAGGCGAACAUGGAUGCGAAGAAAUACGCUACUGGUGGUCUGGUCGACCGGUGUUCAAUGGUCCCCCUCCGAAAGAACUGGCUACACGGUUAAAGUGUACACGUUGCGGGGCAAAUCGUGUGUUUGAACUUCAGUUGUUCCCAACUCUCAAUAAUCGCCUAUCCCUAUUACCCACGAUUGAACAAACGGAUGAUGAGCGUGUUGAUUUUCAGUUGCCCGAACCGGACCAGAUUGACAAGGAUUGGUUGUUACGCAUCACCACUGUUUUGUUAUUCACGUGUUCCUCAUCCUGUUGGACAGAUGGAGAUGGCUGGGUGGAAGAGUGUAUUGUUGUUCAAACUGAUACUGAUCGGACUUGUGUCUGGGACGGCUCAACCCCUGCCUUUUCAGGUGAAACCAUGUGA